AUGGAGAACGCUAGCUCCCCCGCUGCCCCCGCCCUGCACUUGCUCACCUCUUACUUCAUCGACAGCAUCCUGGACAGCCAGAGCCCCGACGCGGGACACCACGCGGGAGACCCCGUCCAGCCGCCGAACCCACCCCAGGCCCAUCUGAUGGCGGAAAAAAUGCCACCAGAACUCCCGGUGAGGAGCGGCGCGGACAAGGGGAAGGGAGAAGAGGAAGCUGGAGGGAGCGGCGAUCCAAACAUCCCGGCGCAGAACGCAGCAGGCAACGCCGUCGAGGCUCCUGGGCCCGCGCAGCCGAAGAGGAAGCAGCGCCGCUACCGGACAACCUUCAGCAACUACCAGCUGGAGGAACUGGAGCGCGCCUUCCUCAAGUCUCACUACCCAGAUGUGUUCACCAGGGAGGAACUUGCAGCGAGGCUGGGCCUUAAUGAAGCCAGAGUUCAGGUUUGGUUUCAAAAUCGAAGGGCAAAGUGGAGGAAACGAGAGAAAACUGAAAUUUUAGGGAGCAUGCCAAACCUGGCCUUGACACAUCCCUUGGGUGUGUACUUGGACGUGCCAUUCAGUCAAACACCUUUCCUUGACUCCAUGUGGAGAUCAGUGCCAGUCUCACCCAUGGCUAUGCCAGCUUUGGCACCACCUUUAGGCCCACCAGCCUUUACUCCCUUUGGCCUCACCUGGGCAUCCGUAUUGCGGAAUCCAGUUAUGAGCCCCCAGUUUGGAAGCAACUUGGCAGAUAUGCCCUUGAAUGAUAAUCAUGGGUACUGUGCUUAG